UCUCUCUCUCUCUCUCUCUCUCUCUCUCUCUCUCUGCCCAUUUCGCAGAAGAUACUUGGCCUCUCUUCCUUUUCACAUUUUACAGUCAACAGUCUGAGUCUGCCUGCCCCCAAACUCUUUAAAUAGGAGCCCUAAAUACCCGAUCCUCCAUCCAUCUCCAAAGCUAUCUGUCAAUAGCUAGAUCUCCCCUCAUCUUGUUCCUUCUCCGUAAUUUCGGAGGAAUUUCAUCGAUUCGCUGCCGGAAUCGACGUCUAAGACAACAAUCCUCAAAAUCAUUAUGGACGUCCGACGGCGAUCGAUGAAAACCCAACCCCAUCCUCCACAAAUCCAAACAGCCGGGUCUCCCCUUAAACCCUCCAAAAAGGCGGUGCUUCAUGAUAUCCAUGACGAUUCACCCAAAGCGUCGGACGCGCUUUCUCUUCCUCUCUACCUUACUAACGCCCUUUUCUUCACCCUAUUCUUUUCAGUGGUGUAUUACCUUCUCGUCAGGUGGCGCGAGAAGAUCCGCAACUCAGCCCCUCUCCACGUCCUCACUCUCUCUGAUAUCGCCGCCAUCGUCACCUUCGUCGCCUCUUUCAUCUACCUCUUGGGUUUCUUCGGGAUUGGCUUCGUCCAGUCCUUGAUAAUCCGCUCUCCCCACGAAGACGUUUGGGCCGCUGAUGACGACGAAGAAGAUAUCAAUCAGAUCACCCUCAAGGACGACUCUCGCUCAGCUCCAUGUGCUGCCGCCCCCAAGCUUCAGCUGGAUUCCCCCAAACACAACGAGGUCUUGGUCGAUUCCCCUCCCUCUCCCUAUGUCUCAUCGGAGGAGGAUGAAGAGAUCAUUAGAUCAGUGGUUGAGGGCAAAACUCCAUCUUAUGCCCUCGAAUCCAAGCUCGGCGAUUGCUAUCGUGCUGCUGCAAUUCGGCGCGAGGCCUUGCAGAGGAAGACUGGCAAGUCUCUUGCUGGGCUGCCAUUGGAGGGUCUCGAUUACGAGUCAAUUAUGGGACAGUGUUGCGAGAUGCCUGUGGGUUAUGUUCAGAUCCCUGUGGGCAUUGCUGGGCCCUUGUUGCUUGAUGGGAGUGAAUAUAGUGUACCCAUGGCCACGACCGAGGGGUGUUUAGUGGCGAGCACCAACAGGGGAUGCAAGGCAAUUUAUGCCUCUGGUGGUGCAACCUCCGUGCUGUUGAGGGAUGCGAUGACCAGGGCUCCGGUGGUCAGGUUUGGCACCGCCAAGAGGGCUGCCCAACUUAAGUUCUUCUUGGAGGAUCCCCUCAAUUUCGAAACCUUGGCUGUUGUCUUCAACAGGUCUAGCAGGUUUGGAAGGCUCCAAAGCAUCAAAUGUUCGAUUGCUGGCAGGAAUCUCUACAUCAGGUUCUCUUGCAGCACUGGGGAUGCCAUGGGGAUGAACAUGGUCUCCAAAGGUGUUCAAAAUGUUUUGGAUUUUCUUCAGGAUGACUUCCCUGACAUGGAUGUUAUGGGCAUCUCUGGAAACUUCUGUUCCGACAAGAAGCCAGCUGCGGUGAACUGGAUUGAAGGCCGAGGCAAGUCAGUUGUUUGUGAGGCUAUCAUCAAAGAGGAGGUGGUGAAGAAAGUCCUUAAGACCAACGUCGCUUCCUUGGUGGAGCUUAACAUGCUUAAGAACCUCACUGGUUCCGCCCUGGCUGGAGCUCUAGGUGGGUUCAACGCCCAUGCCAGUAACAUUGUGUCUGCAGUCUACAUAGCCACUGGCCAGGAUCCCGCACAAAAUGUCGAGAGCUCCCACUGUAUCACCAUGAUGGAAGCUGUCAACGAUGGGAAGGACCUCCACAUCUCCGUGACAAUGCCUUGUAUUGAGGUAGGUACAGUAGGAGGUGGAACCCAACUUGCAUCUCAGUCAGCAUGUCUGAACCUGCUUGGGGUAAAGGGUGCGAAUAAAGAGUCACCAGGAACAAAUUCAAGGCUGUUAGCCACCAUUGUAGCUGGGUCUGUUCUCGCUGGGGAGCUCUCCCUCAUGUCUGCACUUGCUGCUGGACAGCUUGUGAAGAGUCACAUGAAGUACAAUAGGUCCAACAAAGACGUUUCCAAGGCUUCGUCUUGACUUGAUGUAGCCGAGGAGCCUCGAAAUCAUGGAAAACCUUAAAAAAUGGUGUUUGAAAUUUGCCAAGUGUAGCCUACAGAAAUGAAAUCUCGAACAGUCUUGUAGAGAGGAUGAUAGAGACAUAUUCUUGUGGAAACAAACGACGGGCAUGCCCGAGUCGAGCAAUCAAAAAAAGCCAUUCGAUUUUCUUUUUCUUUUUUUCAUUCUUACUUGACUGAUGCAAGCGAUUGAAGUUGUGUACAAAAACAAUGUAAAGCAGUGAGGGAAGUCAAAAAGCCUUUCUUUUGUUUUUUAUUUUUAUUUUUUUGUCUUCUUUGUUUUUGGUUAAUUUUGGAUGCAAAAUCUCUCCUUUGUUUAGUUAUCGUGUAUGUAUGAAACGAAUAACCUAUUAUUACUUAGGAGUGAUAUGAAUUAUAAAAGUCAAAACU